CUAAUUGCCCGCAGUCCUGGGUUCAGAUUCAGAUGCUGAAUUCACACUAAGUAGGCAUGGGCUGCUGUUUUGAUGGCUAUACAUAGCAAUGGUCAUAAGCUCUUCAAGUACAAAGGACUGGUAUUGUCGUUCCUGAUAAACAUACCAUACAAACAACAUCUUCACACACUUCAACCUUCCUCACAUACUACCUCAUAUUUUGCUUAUGGAAGAGAACGAACAACAUCAACGUAUACAAACGGCUACGGAAGCACGCAAGCGGCGGAAACUUAUUAUUGAUCAGAAGAGACAGACCACACUGCCCAGCAACUCAACAGGACAUAGAAACACUACCCUCCAAAAAAAACAAGGCCGUCCAAGUGAAGCACCACAAGAAACACACACGACCUCUGAGGAAAGUGGAGAAUCAAAAUAUCUGACUUUGUCCAACCCAACAGAAAGAUGCAACCAUUGUGAUGCCAUAAUGUGGAAAGAAGAACGCAAUAACUCCAGAUAUCCAAACAGACCCCCAACAUUUUCAUUGUGCUGCAUGGAGGGACGCAUCAAUCUCGAAGCACUAAAGCAUGCCCCGGAAUAUCUUCGAGACCUGUUAAACUACAGUGGUGGUAAACGAUCAAAGACAUUCAGAGACAAUAUCCGUGCCUAUAACUCAAUGUUUGCAUCCACAUCCAUCGGUGCAGAUAUUGAUUACGAAAUCAACAAAUCGAAAGGACCCUAUGUGUUUCGUAUUAGUGGACAAAAUUGCCAUCAAAUCGGAUCACUGAUGCCUCAAAGUAACAAACCCCAUAAAUUCCUGCAGUUGUACAUGUAUGACGACCAGUGUUCAGAAGUACAUAGCAGGAUGAAUUCAUUGACAAAAGACAAACCAGAAUCUAAACUAGAUCCAGACAUCGUGGCGGGCAUCCUGCGUAUGUUAGACAAGGAAAAUUGCUUGGCACAAGUUUUCCGUAUGGCGAGAGACAGAAUUAAAAUAGACAAGGAGCAAAACUACCAAUUACACCUUCUCUCAGACCGACCACAACGACAUAGACAAUACAACGCGCCCACUGCAUCGGAAAUAGCAGCACUUAUAGUUGGAGAUUUUGGACAAGGGACAGAUGGCAGAGAUAUUAUUGUCCAACACAAAGAAAAAGGACUACAGAACAUUAGUGAGAGACACCCCAGUUUCAUGUCACUGCAAUACCCCUCCUUUUCCCAUACGGGGAAGAUGGCUAUCAUGAAAAGAUACCAUACAAACCGAAUUCCAGAUUGAAUGUCAGCCGGCGAUUCAUGACCAUGCGUGAAUUUUACGCGUAUCGCAUACAACAACGCCUCACUGAAGGUAUUACACAUUUAUAUGAUGGUAGACUAUUCCAACAAUAUGUAGAAGAUGCAUACACAGCAAUUGAAGAGGAGCGUCUAAACUACUUUCGUUCCAAGCAAGACAAAUUUCGAACAUAUAUAUACAGAAAUGUAUGUGAUGCUGUGAACAAAGGAGACACAAUUGCUGCCGCGGUAGGUAAACACACAGUACUGCCAUCAUCUUUUACAGGAGGGCCACGCUACAUGUUUCAAAACUACCAGGAUGCCAUGGCAAUAUGCCGGAAAUAUGGCAACCCGGAUCUGUUUAUCACUUUCACAGCAAACUCAAACUGGCCAGAAGUUAAACAAAUGCUGGAAUAUAUACCUGGACAGAGAGUAGAAGACAGGGCAGAUAUAGUUUGUCGAGUUUUCAACUUGAAACUGAAACAGUUCAUGAAAACCCUCACUAAAGACAAUCACUUGGGCCCAACACAAGUAGAAGCCCACAAUGACCCAGCCUUCAUCGACAGAACAAUAUGGAGAAUAUUUCAAUAUGAUAUCCAUCAGAGAAGUAUCCCAGUAUUGUGCCUAUAUGUUCAUUUACCAGGAGAACAACUCUUGACCCUCACAGAUGACCAGAACAUUGUACAAGCUGUAAAUGAAGAAACAUCACAAGAAACAAUGCUCACCCAGUGGAUGAACAUUGACAAAACAUGCGAAGAGGCACGGCAUCUGACCUAUGCAGAAUUUCCAAGUAAAUACGUGUGGAAUCGAAACGUAAGAAUUUGGGAUGAAGCUGCCCAAAAAUGGAAAAUAACAAAACAAUGGACAAAGCGAAAAUGAGGAAACUGCGUGGGAAGAAUAUCAUAU